AGGACCUCAGACUUCAUUCUGUCCUGGAGCUUCUAGUCGCUGUCUCCUCAGUGGAUCUAUUCAUCAGAUAAUUUGUUGCUCAGUUUUGGAUCAGAGGUGUUUUCCAGCUGCAGAUCCAUCUGUCCCUCUGUCCAGAUGAGUGAGCAGCCUCCUCCAUAUCGUCCCUUCUUUCCUGAAGGACCUCCAACCUCUGGUUUCCCUCCAGCUUUCUACUCGCAGCCUUCCGUCUUCCCUGGCUCAGCCUACCAGACCUUCCCUCAGACCUUCACAGGUGGAGAUCCCGCCUACUACAACCCUGGAAAUGUAGGACACGCUGUGAUGCAGCCAGGUUACCGUGGCGACAAAUUUGAACCCCCUCACCGGCCAAAACAGACAGUGUACGUGAUGGAGCCUGGCACUCGAGGCGGUAGUGGCGGCGGCAUUCUUGGCGGCAUUGGCUCGUAUCUGGCGCCGUGUUCCGCUGCUCUCUGCUGCUGCUGCCUGUGGGACAUGUUUGGUCGCUGAAGACCCUCAUCAGCCUCGUCACCUGUCAACAAAAUGGUCUAUAAAUAAAUACAGAAAUGUUCAAAUUCAACA